GCUGUCCCCUCAGUUUAUCUGCGCUGCACCGGCGGCGAGGUCGGAGCCACGUCCGCGCUGGCCCCCAAGAUCGGACCCCUGGGGCUGUCCCCCAAGAAGGUGGGCGAUGACAUCGCCAAGGCCACGGGCGACUGGAAGGGGCUGCGGAUCACGGUGAAGCUGACGAUCCAGAACAGGCAAGCGCAGAUAGAGGUUGUUCCUUCUGCCUCUGCUCUGAUUAUCAAAGCUCUGAAGGAGCCACCUCGUGACAGGAAGAAGCAGAAGAACAUUAAACACAGCGGCAGCGUCACCUUCGACGAGAUCGUGAACAUCGCGCGGCAGAUGCGGCACCGCUCCCUGGCCCGGGAGCUCUCGGGGACCAUCAAGGAGAUCCUUGGCACUGCCCAGUCUGUGGGCUGCAGCAUUGAUGGGAGACACCCCCACGACAUCAUCGAUGACAUCAACAGUGGUGCCAUCGAGUGCCCGGCUAGCUAAGACUGCAGAAAAGGAAGUUGCCACCUGAAGGCUCCUUCAGUUUUUUGUAGCACUUUAAAUACUUAAAGAAAGACCCAGUUGUCUGCAAA